AUGGCAGUCCUUCGAAGUACAGAAGAUAUUCCAGCCAUGACAGAACCUAACUUAGGUCUAGCCUGUUCUCUUUGUGAGUUGGAAAUGUCAAACCCUAGCGAAUGUGCUUUGACCAAGUGUAAACAUACUUUGCAUAGAGAAUGUAUUACGAAAUGGAUAAAUAGUUCUAAUGAGUGUCCAAAUUGUGGCAAAUUAUGUCAUGAGAAUGAUUUAAGUCAAAUCGGAGCUAAACCUAUGGAAAAGGCCAAGAGUUCUUUUUAUCGUGGAAGAGGUCGUGGGUCCGCAACGAAAGCUUAUAAUACUAGGUCCUCAAAUAGGGUACAGAAGGAUGGCAAAUCUACACAAGUCAAUGUAGAAGGAGCUUCUUUAGGAACAAAGGUAAUAGACGUAGAUUCACAGCCAGAAGUAAAUGUAACGAUGAAUGAGUCGCAGAACCCCAAUUAUAGUCAACAUAAUACAACAAACCAGUCUAGUAGAGGUAGGAGAGGGAAUCGUAAUGCAAAUCGUUAUGGCACAGAUGAUUGA